CUCUCUCUCUCUCUGCUCGGUUGUUCCCGUUGUUAGGGAAGAGUCUAGUCGUUAGGGAAGAGUGUCCUCUCGGUCUUUGUGGCUAGUUUAUGUUUUAUUGUAAGCGUUAAUAAUGCGGGGCGCAACAUGAAUCGGAACCAGGACGCUCGGGGAGUGGUACUGACCGGAUACAUCAGCAAUAACGAGGCUUUCUCUCCUGCGUGUGCGGCUGCUACGAGCUCCGGGGACGAGCCUGAAGCUCCGGGACCGAGGUAUUAUUUAAUACUAGCCUCAUGUUCUUAUUGUGAUCAUCAACAACACUGUGAUGCUGCUAAACUCCAGAUUGCUGCAGAGGAUUAUGGGAUAUGGAUGCUGCAGAGGAUUAUGGGUCGAAAGCCGGCUCCCUAUAAUGCGCAGCGGACACGAGCGGGCACCAGGCCGCCGUACCAGCGCUGCAACUCUCAGGACUCGCUGGACGAGUUGGCCAUGGACGAUUACUGGAAGGAGAUGGAGAUCAUCCAGCACAGCGGAGACGCCGAGCCUCAGGACGAGGUGCAGCUCAAAGUAGCCGAUGAGGGCGAGCAGGAAGAGGCGUGGCUGACGGAGGCGGGGCUGGCGACUCUGUUUGACGAGUCUGCGACGGACGACGAUGACGGCAAGGUCCUACUGUCCACUCUGACGCGUACGCAAGCCGCCGCCGUGCACAAGCGCCUGGAGACGCUGCGCAAACGCAACAAGCCCCACAGCGUCCCGGACGUCAGGGACAUCUUCAAACCACAGGACACCAAGGAUGAUGAAUCCAAGUCCAGAGAAGGAAGUGAAAACACAAAGAAGGAAGAGGAAACGUCAUCUGGCGUGGCCGUAGGAAACGGCGAGGGCAAGGCCGACACUGAGACGGACAUCAACCAAGAGGUGUCGUUCUCUGAGCAGGCGCUGACCUACAAGGAGGGGUCGAAGGUCACACCACCCAUCGAUGAGACUGACGACAGGCUACCUGAUUUCAGGGUAGUGAGAGAUAAGACAGGAAUGACUAAAGUGGGUGAUCUCUCUCUGGCCGACAUGAAGAAGGUCCACCGUCUCGUCCUGAUCGAGGUGAGCGCUCUGUUCGAUACGGCCGGCAUCGACCUCAAGACCCACAAACCUCUCCGGAUAAAGGUUAAAGAGUCGGGAUUGUUCGGGGUUCCUCUCACAACGCUGCUAGAACAGGACCAGAAGAUGAUACCUGGGACCCGAGUGCCAAUCAUACUGCAGCGGCUAAUUUCCCACAUAGAAGAUGAGGGGCUGGACACUGAGGGGAUUUUGAGGGUCCCGGGAGCAGCCACCAGAGUAAAGGCUGUGUGUCAGGAGCUGGAACUGAAGUUCUAUGAUGGUUUGUUUCCCUGGGAGUCUCUUAAGCAGCAUGACUCUGCAAGCGUCCUCAAACUCUUCAUCAGAGAGCUUCCUCAUCCUCUCCUGACUGUGGAGUACUUCAGUGCUUUCUUCUCUGUGCUCAAAUUCCCCACCAAGAAGCAGCAGCUGCAGGCCCUCAAUCUGCUGGUGCUCCUUCUGCCGGCGUCCAGCAGAGACACGCUCAAGGCGCUGUUGGAGUUCCUCCAGCGAGUUAUCGACCACAAGGAGCGCAACAAAAUGACGCUGAAUAACGUUGCCAUGGUGAUGGCGCCCAACAUCUUCAUGUUUAAAGGCUUCCGGAGCAAAAUCACCGAGCAGCAGGAGUUCACCAUGGCAACAGGCAUGGCCAACAUCGUCAGGCUACUCAUACGAUACCAGGACCUGCUCUGGACCAUCCCCAAGUUUGUGAUGACGCAGGUGAGGAAACAGAACACAGAGAGAAAGGUGAGCCGAGAACGAGCGGUGAAAAAGCUGCUGAAGAAAAUGGCCUACGAUCGAGAUCGAGAGAGGAACAGCGAGAAAGUGGAGAAGAACACAGAGGUGAGAUUGGACACGUCUGUUUCAGACUUAUGGAAGGAGUGUCCAGUCAGAUGUAGAGCUGUAGCUGGUCUUCAGGGCAGCUCGACUUCUGUGGAUGGAGGCUUCAUCAGGGUCCAGGCUCCGCAAUUCUCAAAGGUCUCCAUGGCAGUGGAGCUGACUGAAGAGCUCAGAGCAUCAGACAUCCUCACACGCUUCCUCAGCCAGGAGAGCUCACUGCUGGUGAAGAGAGAGGAUCUGUAUCUGUAUGAGAUCGGAGGGAACAUCAAGGAGCGCUGUCUGGAUGAGGAGACGUACAUGAAGGCCCUCCUGGAGCUCAACCCCACAGCCGAGUGGGUCAUCAAGUCCGUCCAGCGCUAAAGUUCGCUCCCUGACCUGCCAAUCAUAUGACUGACCAAUCAGAGGCGAGUGUGAGAUUUAAGGGAACGUUGUGUUUCUUCCACGUCAUCUCCCGCGGGUCGAACGAGACCCGGUCUGCUCUGCACCGUGGAGCUCCGUCGGCGUGGAACAUCGGCUCGGGAAUGUGAUUGUUUUUUCUUUUAAUGGGAAAUUUGUGAUUUAAUAUAAACACCUGGGAUUAGUGGACACUUUAACACAGUGAAGACGUUGAGGGAGAAACGGUCAGCGCUACAAAUCAUCAACAUUUCAUUUAUUACGCAUGACUGUGUUUUUUCUUUCUGUUAGCAGUACUGUACUGGGGGGGGGUAUCAUUAUAUCUCUAAACACUGAGCGUUAAUGAUCACAGUGGAGCUGUUCACAUACACACUGCUGUGGAGGACACAAAGUGGGCGUGUCUCAGGAGUGCAGGACGUUCAGUUCAUUUCCACUGCUAUAGAAAUGAUGAAAUCCAGACCAGGGCUGUGACGAUAUAUCGAUAUAUCAUGAACACGAUUAACAUUACACUAUGACAUCAUAAAAAUCAUCAUCAUCAGAUUCUGAGUAGAGAAAUGAACGAUAGUGAUAGUUAAAGUGCUCGAUCCACUGACGUUAUGAGUUUAGUGUAGGAUAUUAGCAUGAUUAGUACGAUGUAUUAGCAUGACGGUGUAUCGCGAUAACAGGAAAUCAUUUAGUAGUUAAAGUGUUAAUGUUAGUGAAAAUGAGAGGCAGCGCCGCUUCUGCUGAAACAUUCUGAUUGGUGGAUCAGGUGUGGAUUAAUUUUCUAUAACUGCAGCUCUCACUGUAGCGCUGAUGUAUAUUAACACACUGGAUCUGAUAGAUCAUCGUUUCCAUAGUAACGGCUCGCUCACAGGGAUGCCUUCAGCGGACGUUUCAUAUAAUUCUGUAGAUCAAACUGAUGUUUUCUGUAAGGAGGUGUUUCUGUAGCAUGUGGGAGGAGUCUCCAGUGUCAGCGGUAAAGCUGUACGUUUUUAUAUUAAGAGAGAGAAUAAAGAGAGACUGGUGAGGAAAACCACCGUCUAUAGCUGCUAUAACAGAAGAGACAACAGGACGUAACGGGAGGCGACGUAACGGGAGGCGACGUAACGGGAGGCGACGUAACGGGAGGCGACGUAACGGGAGGCGACGUAACGGGAGG